AUGAUAUGUUUUGCCUUGGCCGCUUUACUUGUCGCAACAGUUCACAGUUGUGGGACCCCUACCUACCAACCCACACUUUCCAGGGUAGUAGGGGGUGUAAACGCAAGACCUAACAGCUGGCCAUGGCAGAUCUCUCUCCAAAUUGAUAAAAAAGGUAACUGGGUUCACAAUUGUGGCGGAACGUUAAUUGAUCAGAGAUGGGUUUUGACUGCUGCGCAUUGCAUUAGCAAGAAGAUUACCUACAGAGUGGCUCUCGGCAAACAUGUCCUUUCAGCCAAUGAGCCAGGGUCUGUUUUCGCUGCCGUUGAGAAGACCUUCUGCCAUGAAAAGUUUAGCAUGCUCUCUGCUGCCAGUGGAUAUGAUAUCGCUCUUGUCAAACUUGCAGCGCCAGUGGUUUUAGAUGACAAAAUUGAGUUGGGUUGCAUCCCUGCCCCGGACACAAUUCUUCCCAAUAACUACAGUUGUUACAUCACUGGCUGGGGCUUCAUGAAGGCUGGCGGUGCUGUAUCUGACAUUCUGCAACAAGCCUUUCUACCUGUCGUAGAUCACACCAUUUGCUCCAAGCCCGAUUGGUGGGGGUCGAUAGUAAAGCAGUCGAUGGUGUGCGCCGGUAGUGAUGGAAUUGUCUCAGGAUGCAAUGGUGAUUCUGGUGGGCCCUUGAGCUGCCAGAAUGCUAACAGUGUCUGGGAAGUGCACGGUAUCGUCAGCUUUGGGUCCAUUUUCUGCAGCCAGAAGAAGAAGCCAACUGUCUUCACUCGUGUGUCAGCCUUCAAUGACUGGAUUUCUAAGAAAAUGAUGAACAACUAAAGUGAUCUACGUUGAAGCUUCGGACGAUUGCAAACAGAUGAACUCAGAUUAAU